AUGCCUGUGCCAGUGCUGGAGCCAGCGGUUGCCCAACAUCUGGACUUCCACAUCUGGUGCCUGGAGCUGCAGCGCCAGCUGGGCCUCCCUAACCCGGAUGCCAAGUCACUGGCCCGUCUGAUCCCCCCAGUGCCACUCCGGUGCCCCCGUCCCACGUACGCUGAGAGACGCCGGCUCUGGAAGAGCAUCUCCCGCACCCCUCGGGAUUCCCGCGCAGCCCUGCGGGUCUGGCGCCCGCUGCCCGCCUUGCCUGAGGAGGCGCCACAGUGUGAGGAGGCCGAAGCCGUGAAGACAGAGGAGCCUGGAUCCGACCCACAGGAUAAGGAGGUGUUGGAGCGGCACCUCAUGGGGAAGCAGCUGCAGGAGGUAACUGAGGAGCCAGGCCCGGCCUCUUGCCAAAUGCUCCCAGGGGCAGAGACUGAUCCAGGAAAGAAGGACCUGUCCCACCCGUGGCGCACCACCAACGAAGCUCCUGAUACAGAUUUGGAGGCCCCCCAGCCCCGCCCAUCCUCUUGGCCAUCAUCUGGGGACGACAGUGAGACUGAUGCGGAAGAUGACCCCAACCUGGCAUUGGAGGCCACCCAGUGCUACGUGGGCAACGAGGCUGGAGCCCCCGCCCCCGGCCUGGAGGAAGAGGAGGCCACGCAGAGGUUCUCCUUCGGGACCCAGUGCCGGGCAGGGGAAGUGGAGUCAGACGAGGAGCUCUACGUGGAACAGGCCACCCAGGCCUUCAUUGCCCAGGAGGAGGAGAUGCAGCCCCUGCCCAUGGCACCGCCCCCAGCACCGCCCCCGGCACCUGGGGGAAAGCAGCACCCACCCAGUGGGGCCACGUUGGAGCCCCCAGGUGGCACCAGACUGGAGCCCACCCCGAAGCCAGAGGAGGAGACUCAGCCUGUGGCACCAGGCCGUGGCACCCCACACGGGCCCAGCCCAGCACUGCAGGGCCCUGUGGACGGGGAGCCAGGGAGGCUGCAGCUGGAGGGCACCAGGGCCGUCCCCUCACUUGCAGAGCCCCAGCUUGGGGACAGCACUGAGGUCCCACCAACCCCAGAAGAGGAGGCGGCAGCUCUGGCUGCUAGGAGGCGCCGCAGCCUGCGCUCAAGCUCUGCCCCGAGCCCUGCCCCCGCCCCUGCCCCCGCCCCCACCACUGCCCCUGUCCUUCGACGCAGCCAGCGGCGCCGGGCAGAGGCCACCCCACCAAAGCCUCCCCAGAGGCACAGAACCCAGGGCUCAAGUGGUCUCAAGGCCCCAGGGGAUGCUGGGAGCAAGGCCAGGGCCCCAGAGGAUGCUGAGAGAGAGGCCAGCCAAAGCAAGGAGCCGGAGCAUCACCCAGAGACCCUGCGAGACCGCCCCACCCGCCAGCGGGCAGCCACCGCGCCCCGGGAGCUGGAGCAUCACCCGGAGACCCUGCGAGACCGCCCCACCCGCCAGCAGGCAGCCACCGCGCCCCGGGUGCUGUUCACAGGUGUGGUGGAUGCGGCAGGUGAGCAAGCGGUGGUAGCGCUGGGCGGGACCUUGGCCGACUCUGUUUUCGAGUGCACCCACCUGGUGACCGACCGCGUCCGCCGCACGCUCAAAUUCCUGUGUGCUCUUGCUCGCGGCGUUCCCAUCGUCACCCCUGCCUGGCUUGACCAGAGCAAGCGCAGCCACUGCUUCCUGGAGCCCAGCGGGUUCGUGGUUCGAGACCCAGAGCAGGAGGAGAACUUCGGGUUCAGCUUGACCCAGUCGCUGCGGCGGGCACGACGUGGGGCCUUGCUCCAGGGCUAUGAGAUCCACGUCACCCGCCAUGUCCAGCCAGAGCCUGAGCGAAUGAAAGAGUUAAUAGUCUGCAGUGGGGGUCUCUUCCUACCCAGAAUGCCGCGGGCCUACAAGCCCAAGCGCCUGGUGCUCUCAUGCGCUGCCGACCUGCCCUGCUGCCGCCCUGCCCUGGCCGUGGGUCUGCCUGUGGCCUCGGCGGAGUUCCUGCUCACCGGGGUCCUGAGGCAGGAGGCUGAGCUGGGCCCUUACUGCCUGGACCAACCCCAGCCACUGGCAAAGCCAUCCCCCUCCACCCGGAAGAGGAAGGGAGCAGCUGGCUCCUCUGGAACCACCAAGCGCCGGCACUGACAGGGUUAAUGCCCUGGGGGGUUGGGGGGGGCUGUUCCUAUAGAUGACUAUAUUUUUCAAUAAAGUGACUUUUGCAGGAAAAAAA